CGGCACCAUGCAGGGGCCUCAGAGGGCGCUGGUGGCUGAAGGCGGCGCGAAAAAGCUCAGUCAGCGUGGCUUUCAUUUACUCCGAGGAAUUUACCUCUGAAGCACCUCGGCGGUCCAUGUGGGGGGACACCAUUUGCUGCAGCCAUGUGACUCCCACUGACGGCUUUCUUGAUGGUGUGUUCUGGGUGACAGGGAGUAGGCAGCUGAGCCAUCAUGGCUGGAGGAGUGACUGAAUUUGUGCAGGGGUGGAAUGUGGCCCAAACCUUGGGUGAAGGAGCCUUUGGAGAGGUGAAGCUGCUGAUUAACCAGGAAACUGGUGAGGCAGUGGCUAUGAAGAUUGUGGACUUGGCUAAACAUCCAGAUGCCAUUGAUGCUGUCAGGAAAGAGAUGUGCCUCCACCGCAUGCUGAAGAACCCACACAUUAUUAAAUUCUAUGGUAGCCGACGAGAGAACACCAUGCAGUACAUGUUCCUUGAGUAUGCUGCUGGAGGGGAGUUGUUUGAUCGCAUAGAGCCGGACAUUGGGAUGCCACCUCACCAGGCCCAAACAUACUUCAAGGAACUUAUUGCUGGAGUGGAGUAUCUGCAUAGCCGUGGUGUGUCCCAUAGAGAUCUGAAACCAGAAAAUCUAUUGCUGGAUGAAAAUGACCGUCUUAAAAUCACUGAUUUUGGAAUGGCAACUCUAUUUAGACACCAAGGAAAGGAGAGGAACUUGGAUCGGCAGUGUGGCACCAAGCCAUACAUGGCUCCAGAAGUGUUAUUACGACCCUACAGUGCUGAACCUGCGGACAUUUGGUCAUGUGGCAUUGUGCUCGUGGCUCUCCUGGCUGGAGAACUACCUUGGGAUGAACCUACAUUUUCAUGUACCGAGUAUACUGCCUGGAAAGACAAGGACUGUAGGUUGUUUACUACAACCCCAUGGACCAAGAUUGAUAACUUGGCUCUUUCACUUUUAAGGAAGGUUUUAAAUACAGUACCAAAGCACAGAGCUACAAUAAACCAAAUCAAAUCUCAUCAGUGGGUCACAAAGAACUUCAACAAAAAUACAGAGCUGAUGCAAAAUGCGACAUCUGAAAGCAUGACUCCUAGCCACAAACGAAUCUGCAGUGAGGUUGAGCAAGCCAACUCUGCCUUUUCAGUUGAUGAUAUGUCUACUCGGUGGACAUGUUCACAACCAGAACCUCCUAGUGCUCCAGUGUUAAAUGCCCUGCUUGAUGGUGGCAACCUAGAACCAGGUGUGGUAAGUUUCUCUCAGCCUGCCAAACCUGAGCAGUUGCUACUUUCCUCACAAAUGACCCAAGGAACUCAGGCCAGCCAGACACCGCUACAACGACUGGUGAAACGCAUGACAAGGAUGUUGGUUAGGACAUCUUUAGAAGACACUGUGACACAUCUUGAAGCAGUGUUUAACAAGUUGAAUUAUUCACAUCGGUGUCAUGCUGCUAAUGUUAUAACUGUCACAACAGUAGAUCGCCGUGGGGCACAACUAGUACUCAAGGCAAGCAUCUUGGACAUGGCACAGUACAUUCUUCUGGACUUCAGAUUAUCCAAGGGCUGUGGGUUGGAUUUCAAGCGUCAUUUCCUACGAAUUAAGGAAGGUUUAUCUCAUAUAAUAGUGAAAGGACCAGUCACCUGGAAUAUGGCAAUGGCCACCAACAUGCUUCCUGCUUAAAUGUAUCAGCUCCCAGUCAUAUUUACCCAAAGAUUGGUUGGGAUCUUGCUGGUAUUUCUCAUGCAGAGGUAAUUGCCUGCCCUUCAGUAUUAUGUGUUAGGCUAACAUUCAUUUGCUUUCUCAAACCUUAAUGCUUUUUUUUUUGUAUAAUUUGUAUUAUUAUUAUUAUUAUUAUUAUUAUUAUUAUUGUUGUUGUCAUUUCUAUUUUUGUUCUAUGAAAUUCAUGUAUAAAAUCUUACUUGGAAUAUGGCAGUGGCCACCAGCAUGCUUCCUGCUAGAAUUUCUUGUUCUUAGUAUAGUGAUGGAAAGGUUAUUAAUAUCCCAGUAUUUGCCUUCAUUCAGUGGUAAACAAUACUUCAGUAUUAUAGCUAUGGUGAACAUUUAGUUAACUUUUUAAACUAUGUAGUUUCUUUAACAAUUAAAAAAAACUUAAAGGAUUCCAUAAUAUUUAGUAUAUAUGCAGCAGGUCUUUCUCUCAUAUAAUAUGGAUAAUUUUGUUCUGUUAGAAGUCUUUUCUUUUAGUUGUAGGUUAGCCAAUUCCAAGGCUUUAAAAAGGUGAUUGUAUAAGGAGUAGAAUGUUCAAGUUAUUUUGGUGAUUGUGAAUGGAGUAGAAUGUACAAGUAGUUCAGGUUAUGAUUUUUCAAUCAUAGUUACCUUGUUAAGGUUACAAACAUUAGCAAUUUAUUAUCUUUGUUACCUAUGUAAUGUAAUGUGUAGGUGCCCAUCACUACUGUGUGCUGCAGUUGUAAGAGUGUCCUUGUAUAAUCUAGGUUACUCUGUACCCUUGCAGGCAGAAUUCUAGUCUUUCAAUGAUGGGUGCUUGCACAGAUUCUGAACAAUUUACAAAUCUCAUAAUUCAUUUGUAUUUCUAAAAUAUUUCUUUAUUUAUCUAAGGAUGAAAACUAAUAAACAUUACUUUUCAUU